AUGACACUCAAAUUGCUUAUGAAUUCGACAUGGGGAUAUUCCAUUAAGAAACCUCAAGAGAUGAAGAGUAAACAUUAUGAGAAGGUCGACAACUUUGUUGAAAGGUUUUCUCCUUUUGUUUUGAAGUACGAAUUCACUCAAGGUCAAAGUGGCUUAGUAACCACAUUAAAACCUAUUGUCGAACAUUGGUCUUACCCUCAGUUCGCAAAGGCAGUCCUUGACAACUACAACAAAUUCUUCUCGGAAGUCAAAUCCAAAGUGAAGGUUUACUAUGAGAACAUCGAUGCACUCAUGACGAACGAAGAAGGCUAUAACAAACUCAUUGAAAUGGGCAUGGUCGGUGAAAAGAUGGGUCAAUUCAAAUUGGACAAAAUUUUCACCGAAGUUCAUGUAAUAUCGAAAAGGAAGUACUGGGGUGUUAAAGAAGAUGGUGAAAUAGUUAAACAUUGCAUGAAAUAA